AUGAGCGAAGAGCCACCGGCCACCCCCAGUUGGCUGAGCCCCGACCCCACAGCGUGGGCCAGCGGCGGAGGGGGGCCAACGGACAACGCCAGUGUAGCGGCGACGUUCCCCGCGGAAGAGUCCCUCGCGCCCCGCCAGCUACCCCUGCUGGUCAACCCUUGGGACAUCGUCCUGUGCACGUCUGGGACUCUGAUCGCCUGCGAGAACGCUCUUGUCGUCCUGGUGAUCUGGCAGAACCCGGCUCUGCGGGCCCCCAUGUUCCUGCUCAUCGGCAGUCUGGCUUUGGCUGACCUGCUAGCCGGCCUGGGCCUGGUGCUGCACUUCACCUGUGCCUACCUGCUUCAGUCGGACUCGGCCCAGCUUCUCACAGUUGGCUUGGUGGUGGCUUCUUUCUCCGCUUCAGUCUUCAGCCUGCUGGCAAUCACCAUUGACCGUUACCUGUCGCUGUAUUACGCCCUCACCUACAACUCUGAGCGCACAGCAGCCUUCACGUACACCAUGCUGGUGCUUCUGUGGGGGCUGUCGCUGUGCUUAGGUCUGCUUCCCGUCACGGGCGUCAACUGCUUGGCGGAGGAAGCCACGUGCAGCGUGGUGCGCCCGCUCACCAAGAACAACAUCGCCGUGCUGUCCGUUUCCUUCCUGCUCCUGUUCGGCCUCAUGCUGCAGCUCUACGUGCAGAUCUGCAAGAUCGUGAUGCGCCACGCCCAUCAAAUUGCCCUGCAACACCACUUCCUGGCUGCCUCGCCACAUUACGUCACCACACGGAAGGGCGUCUCUACGUUGGCUAUCAUCCUAGGGACCUUCGCCGCUUGCUGGAUGCCCUUCACAGUCUACUCGCUUAUUGCCGACUACACAUACCCUCCGCUAUACACCUACGCCACCUUGGUUCCAGCUACCUACAACUCCGUCAUAAACCCGGUUAUCUACGCCUUCCGGAAUCAGGAGAUCCAGAAGGCGCUGUGGAUGGUGUGCUGCGGAUGCAUCCCCGCCAGCGUAGCACAGCGGGCGCGGACUCCCAGCGACGUCUAA